AUGUUGAAACUGGACAUGACAAAAGCUUAUGAUCAGGUUGUAUUACCACAGCCUCUUACUCACUGUUACUCCAAGGGCGCCCUUAUGUUGAAGGAUUUUAUACUCUUUUACAGCAAGCUGAAUGAUAGUUUACAAUUUUAUGAUGUUGAACCCCAUCAAGUUACUGAGCUCAAGCGGAUAUUCCAUAUCUAUAAGGAGGCUUCCGAUCAACAAGUUAAUUUGGAGAAAUUAGCCCUAUAUUUUAGUCCUUCUACACCGUCUGCUACACAAGCCUAA